UUCAAAAGUCCAGAAAUAAAGUAUAGGAACAACAAACCCUGAGUUUCUAAGAUUUCUGGAAAUUUCUUUAUUGAAGAAGAGAAACUCACUCUUUUAAGCAGCAGCCCACACAGACACUAUCAAAAACAUCUCAUUCAAUCGUUGUUUAUCUCACAACAGAGACAACCUCAAUCAACACCCGAAAAGGUAAAAAAGCAAAAAGUUGCCGCCACCAUAACUCGGAAGAAAAAACAAAAGAAAUACAAUUUCUUUCUUUCUUUCUUUGUUACUUGCUUUCUUUGUUACUCUGGAGAAUCACCGGUUUUGCUUUGUCCACCACAUGCCCAGCACAAAAACCCUAACCCCAGAUCACUCACCCUAUCACAAUCUCCCUUUAUUAAACAAAUCAAAAUCCCAAACUCUCUCCUCUGUUUCUUCCCCUUUUCCCACUAACCCCACUCUCUCCACAUUUCUCUCUCUACAUUUCCAACAGUGCUAUCUGUCGCCUUCAAUUGCGACUUUCUACCACUAACCCAACUCUCAUUUCUUUCUCUCUCAUAUAAAAAUUAGGGCUUUUCCAAAUGAAUCAAAUUGCUGGGACAAAGGACCCAGAGGCCGAGCCUGUCGCUCAGUCUCUGCCCCAACCCCAAGACACACCCAAGCCUCCCGACAAAACUGAUUCCUCCGCCGUGGUCGUCGCUGCCACCACCACCACCGAAGAGCAAGAGGUUGGACCAGAGGAAAAACGACCGGUCCCCAUGGAGGAGGAUUCGCUCAACCCCGCCACCGUUUUCUCCAUCAGGCUUAAGCAACCUAGGUCCAAUUUGCUGCAUAAGAUGAGCGUUCCUGAACUGUGUCGCAAUUUUAGUGCUGUUUCCUGGUGUGGAAAACUUAAUGCUAUAGCUUGUGCAGCAGAAACGUGUGCAAGAAUUCCAAGUUCAACGACUAAUCCACCAUUUUGGAUCCCUAUACAUAUUGUGAUCCCAGAGAGGCCGACUGAAUGUGCAGUGUUCAAUGUCAUAGCAGGUAUUUUGAUGUCAUUGCUUCAUUUGGUAACCUUGGAUCCUUCAGCUUUGCCACAUGAUGUAUCUAAUGCCAAAGCAGCCUGAGCAACUGUGAAGUCUUAGACUGGUGAAUUUUUGAAGUUCUUGUGCGUUCCUAGCAUAUAGCUUAUACUAUACAAGGCUAUCCAGCACUAUUAUUUGGCGUCAACUAAUAGUAACACAAUUUUUAUUUAUUUUAUACAGUUUGAGUUAAGAUCGUCACGUUUACCUCUCGUAAUUUUUAGUUAUUGUAGCACUUUAAUAAGUGAAAUUAAACCAGUAACGGGAGAUCCUUGAUCUGGAUAAUCUUUUCAAAAUCACUUUUUUUGACAUUUAAUCACUCUUUUUUAAUUUUCUCGCCGUUGUAAUAGUUAUUAAUGGUUAGUCUAUGAAA